GGAUCUGCUUUCUACUUCCUGCGUGCAAGGCAAGCGCCUUUGAGUUUGCCAAAACUGGACUUGCUCUCCGAUGUUGGCAUUAGAAAAUAACCGGGAAGACAGAGCACACUUUUCUGUCUCUACAUUUGUUCUGCGCGGCUGUAAGAAAGGGAGGAGUUCGAGGCUGAGCAGUAUCCACGUAAUCUGGUUCCGCCACCUCAGAGUCCACCGCUCUCUCGGCCGGGUUCAGGAACAACAACACUCCUCUGAAAAUGCACCCCACUGGCUGUGACAUCCAGCUGGAGACCAGUGGGGACAUAAAUAACCGGAGUCGUAAGGCCGGGGGUGAUUCGUGCCGCACUUCCUCGAUGCCCCCUGGCUGGGUCAGAGAGGUGAGGCAGAGGAAAGCAGGCAAGACAGCCGGCAGAGCGGACGUCUACAUUACUAGUCCCCAAGGGCAGAAAUUCCGGUCGAGGGCAUCCCUGCACGCUUUCCUCCUAAAAAACGGAGAAGGGAACUUGGACAUACACCUCUUCGAUUUCACCACGUCCAAGGAUGAGGCCAUCACCACUUCACAAAUACUCCCCUCCCAGAUGAAACAGAGGAGAACAAAGAAAAAACAUGCAGACAGACAGUGGGGGACAACACAAGAUGGAACAGAAAUUGUGGCUCAACCUCCAAAUAAAUCUAAAAGAGCCUCUUCCUCCUGCAGAAGUACAAAAGAAGAAAAUGUAAAGAGUGCAAAUGACACGAACCAUAUUAAUACUGACAUUUUACUAGAGGUGUCGGAAGUGUGUAGAGACAAAACUGAUGAGACUGUGAAGUGCUGCGUACAAGCUGCGCCUUCAGCAGCAGUGGAUGAUGGCAAACUGCAGAAGAGCCCUCAGAGAGCCGGGCUGAGAGAGAAGCUUCUCCGACUAGCUGCAUCUAGCGAACGGAAAAACACUUCCUGUCGUCACGAGGACGAACAGGCAGACUCGCAGCCCUCUGUCCCGACUCUGAAUGUUGAACCUGCCACUGAGAGCGAGAAUGAGGGUGAGGAUGCACGAGGUGGUGACGAGAUACGGAUUCACAGCGAGGGUGACAACAAGCCUAGUUCUGAACUCUUGACUGGUGCUGACAGUCAUCGGGAUGUGGAAGAGGAGGUGUUGUUACCUGACAUCGCUGGCAGAAGCUGUGCACCGGUGAGAGAUUCCCUGAAUAAGUCCAAGAGCUUGGAGGACAAACGGAAAACGAGCCCUUAUUUCAGCAGGAAACCCUUUAAAGACGGACUUAGCCCUCCCAGGAGGAAGGCCUUCAAGAAGUGGACACCCCCUCGUUCUCCGUUCAACCUUGUACAGGAAACCCUUUUCCACGACUCUUGGAAGCUCCUGGUUGCCACCAUUUUUCUGAACAAGACCAGUGGCAAGAUGGCCAUUCCAGUACUGUGGCAGUUCUUUGAGCGUUACCCAUCUGCAGAGGUGACCCGGGAGGCCGACUGGAAGCCCAUGUCUGAACUUAUGAAGCCACUUGGCCUGUAUGAGCUUAGAGCCAAAACAUUAAUCCGCUUCUCAGAUGAAUAUCUAACUAAACAGUGGCGUUACCCCAUCGAGCUGCAUGGUAUUGGGAAGUACGGCAACGACUCCUAUAGGAUCUUCUGUGUGGGAGAGUGGAGACAGGUGACACCUGAAGAUCACAAGUUAAACAAAUACCACGCCUGGCUGUGGGAGAACCAUGAAACACUUGGAAUCUGAAACACAAAGUAUGAGGAACUGCAAGGACGACACAUACAGGAAAAUCAAUGAUAUCACGUAAACACUGCAUUUUAAGAUGAACUAGCACUGUCUAAACUGAAUCACCCGAAAAUUAUGCAGUGAUACUUUGGCGAUAUCAGUGUUAGCCUUUCUUCAAAAAGUUUUACUCGCUGUGUAAUAAAAUGUUUUAAGUGGCUUAAAAG